CUUUAUGUUAAUGAUCCGUAAGCACCCGCGAAGGUGUGAACUUCUACGCGUCUGUCAUGGCAUGCGGUUCCGAUAAUGUCGCGCUAUUUCCAGUUUUGCAAGGAUGCAAACUCCGCUCAAGUUGACUCGCUGCGCUAUGUUAUGCCUGUUAGGAGAAACCAGUCACAGUUGAUUUUAGCCACCCGAAAAGUGACAGCGACCAGAGCGUGCUUGUCUGGCCCGGACUUGUCCCUGAUCGAUCCUGCCAAUAUGGCGCCAAUUCCCCCAAGUUAUCAGCCGGGCAGCAUGGCACGGGCCGACAGAGACCUACAUGGACGCUUUCACUGCUCCCUCUGCAUGGUGUACUGGAACGCUACCACACGAUCAGAAAAUUAUAGCCAGGAGGCGACUCCUCCCUCGACUGAAGACGGUAUGCAGUAUGCAGCCAUAUUAAACUGCUGGCCUGUGCCAUGUCUCCAAGCAGAUACUGGAGUGGAAGAAACAUGUUCCUGAUCAAAUACCGGUAUG